UGGGCUAUAAAUUCAUUUGUUAUAACGACAAAUUUUUCUUUGUGUGUGAUGUGUUAUUUGAUCAUUGAAUAGAAAUAUGGAAGAAUGUUCGAUUUUGAUUGGAUCCGAAUCAAUUUGUCCUCGGCAAUUGGCUCGAAUGAAAAAAGAAAAUCUUCAUUGUCUUAUUCAUUCCGAGCAAAUGCAACUUGAUAUUUUGAAUAAUUCGCUAUGUGAAAAUCAAGAUAUUAUCAUUGAUAAAUGUAUUAAAUUUAAACGUAGCCUUUAUCAUGGUCAUUAUUCGGAUGUAUAUUUGAUUCGAUCGAAAAUUCAAUUUGCAACAAAAAUUUUACGUAAAAAUUUUGUUGCCAAAAUUGUUAAUGUUGAUUGGUGUCCUAAAUAUUCUAAUUAUGAAAAUGAAAUUCAAGUUUGUAAUUUUAUCAAGGAUAAUCCACAUCCAAAUCUAAUCGAAAUUAUCAAUGUUUUACAAUUUGAAAGAUUUACAACAAUAUUAAUGCCAUAUGGUGGUAAAGAAAAUCUUGCUGAAUUUCUUAAAUGUCAACCAGAUCAUAAAAUUACAUUAUCAAUGGUAAAAUAUUUAUUUUUCAAACAAUUAUUAAUGGCAGUCAAUUAUUUACACAUUAAUCAUAUACCACAUAUUGAUAUUUUGAAUAAUAAUCAACAACAACAAGCACUUUGUUCAAGUCAUAAAGGUGUAUUAGAAUAUAUGGCACCUGAAUUACUUGCAAAUUGUUUAUUUUAUGAUGCAUAUAAAACUGAUGUUUAUUCAUUGGGUGUUUUACUUUAUCUACUUAUAUAUGGUCAUUGUCCAUUUGAACUUGAUAAUAAUUUAAAAUCUGAACAAUCAUUUGAACAGAAUUUAUAUUAUUUUCGAAAAAUCAAACAACAACCAAUUCAAUUUCCUAAUGAAUCAUUUUUAGAAGAUAAUCAUCAUCAUCAUCAACAUCAUAAAGAUUUACUUGUACAAAUGUUAAAUAUAAAUCCAAUACAACGACCAUCGAUCAAAGAAAUUAUUUCAACUUACCAUAUUUACUUCGGAAAUUGA